UAUUGGUAAACAGAGAUGUCCAUGCUGCCAAAUCCAGCGGAUCAGGCCGCAGAGGCGGCCAAGGCCCGCAUGUACGGCUCCGAGGACCUCGACAGGUUGGCCAUGCAGUUUGUGGGGAAAAUGCAGCGAUACCGCGAGAACAUUGUGAUACCGAGAACCAUGGGACCGGUGAAGAUCAAGACGAACGAAGAGAAGCUAUUAGAGUCGGCUGUGGAGAGCUGUGGCUUCAAAUGUGCAAUGGCAUGCGUUAUGGGAUACGGUCUUGGAGCUGCCCUUGGCCUGUUCAGUGCCUCCGUGAAUCCCAACAUGGCCGAUCCGUUUGCGAACACGAAGAAGCAAACAGCCCGCGAGGUGUUCCGGGAGAUGCGCGCCACCACGCAUUCCUACGCCAAGAAUUUCGCCCUAAUUGGCGCUGUGUUCUCCGUUGUCGAGUGCGCGAUUGAGAGUAAACGUGGCGUCACCGACUGGCGCAACGGCACCUACGCUGGCGGCAUCACCGGCGGACUGAUUGGCCUACGCGCCGGCAUAAAGGCUGGCGUCAUAGGCGGCCUCGGCUUUGCGGCGUUCUCCACGGCAAUCGACUUCUAUAUGCAUUCUAGAUAGGCGCAGCUUUGGAUCCCUUUUAUCGUAUAAAUGUUUGUUUCUAAUUACCAAAA